AUCCCCUCAAGCCCUCAAGCGCCUGCACGAAAAGGGUGCCAGAAAGGCAUCACAUAUUCCUCUUCUCAGCUCUAACUGUCUAAUACCGCCGUAUAUACUUCUCACUCACAUUUAACGUUCGAGAAUCAUUCUUCUUUGUCACAAAACCUCUUGUGCGCCUCGAGAAUCUCCACACGCAUUUACAGUCACAAUGAGCUUCGCUGUCGAGGUCCCGGGGGAUGCCAAUCCGCUGAGCGUGCAGGAGCUGUGCCGUGCCCUAGAAGCAGCAACUUCAAACGACUUCGCAAAGAGACAAGCAGCCGGCCGUCAGCUAGCGUCAUGGGAGGACCAAAACGGCUUCUACUCGUCUCUUCAGUCUGUCUUUCUAGAUCAGUCUAUCCCCACCGAUAUUCGUUUUCUGGCCGUCAUCCAACUGAAGAAUGGCAUCGACAAACACUGGCGUCUUGCCAACGUGGCGAAGGGCGGUCUUACCCCGGGCGAGAAGGACAUCAUUCGCCAGAGAUUAAUCCAGGGAACACUCGCUGAGCGAGAGAAAAGCUUAGCCCUACAGAGUGCCCUUGCGACCGCGAGAAUCAUUAGGAUCGAUUACCCUCGACAGUGGCCCGACGCUCUCCCUAGCCUCAUCCGUCUCCUGCGGUCCACCACCGACCAGCCUCAUCAGCUGUACGGCACACUACAGAUUAUCCUUCAGGUUGUCAAGGAGAUGAGCACAGCCCGACUCAAGAGCUCCCAGACGGCUCUGCAGUCCAUAACCCCGGAGAUGGCGUACGUUCUUGGGGAAAUCUACGCCGAAAAGACACCCGUCUGGGUGAAUUACUUGUCCGGGGGCCAGGUCAGCCAGGACGAGGCUGACAUGGCCUUACUCAACAGCCUCUCUGCUCUCAAGACCCUACGCCGACUUCUGAUCUCGGGCUAUGAGGCUCCCCACAAGGACAAGACGGUGCAGCAGUUCUGGGCGCUGUCCCAGACCCAGUUUGGCCACUUCCUCGCUUUCGUCAGCCAGGACUCGUCCGUUCCAGCUCCGUAUCGGGAGGCCGUGGGCAAGCACCUUAUGCAAUUCACCAAGCUGCACAUCUCCAUGGCGCGGUCGCAGCCGGCCGCUUUUGCCGCCCUACCGAGUUCCGUCCCGCUAGUACACGCGUACUGGGAUCUGGUGGAAAAGCUGGCUGAAGUAUUCGACAAGUCCGAAGGCGUGAGAUACUCCGGAGGCAACGCGGGCGGCUCCAAGGCCAAAGCCGAGGGUCCUUUGCUGGAAAAGCUAGCCACGCGAGCUUUGAUUCUGAUCAAGUCAUGCCUGGAACUGGCAUACCUCCCGAAACAUACCUUCGCCUAUCGUGGUGCCGAAGCGAGGAAAGAAGAGGGCGAGGCGGUGGAGUUUAUCAAGACGGAACUAUUCACGUUCGAUUUCACGGUACGAAUGGCCAACACCAUUCUCAGCCGCCUCUUCGUUUUCCGCAAAUGCGACCUCGAGGCUUGGGAGGAAGAUCCAGAGGACUGGGAACACCACGAGAGGUUCGAGGGCUCGGCGUGGGAGUGGGAGGUUCGCCCGGCAGCGGAGAAGGUCUUCCUCACGCUCCUCAACCACAAGAAGGACAUACUGAUUCCCAGUCUCUUGACCUACGUUGACAAUGCGAAGGGUGGUCAGGGCGACUUUAGCUCCAAAGAUGCCCUAUACACGGCUAUGGGGCUAGCUGCUAUGCAUCUGGUCCAAAAAGUUGACUUCAACGCCUUCCUGGCCGAGAAUCUGGUGCCCGACGCUCAACAGACGGGCCCAUUAGCCAAGGUGCUCCGGAGGCGAAUUGCCAUACUGAUUGGACAAUGGCCACUUCAGGAGGUGACUCUCGAGAGCCGAUCCAUCAUAUACGGAAUGUUCCGCCAUUUCUUGAACUCGGAAGACCCCGACAACGACGUGGUAGUCCUCAUCACCUCGGCGCGGAACCUCCAGAUGGUGCUGGAUGACCUCGACUUCAACGCCGAGGCUUUUGCGCCGCACGCCCAGUCCAUCCUUCAGGAGCUCGCCAAGCUUAUCAGUGACCUGGGAAACGACGAGACGAGACUUGCUGUCCUGGAAACUAUCCGUAUCGCGGUAACCAGGCUUGAGUCUCAUGCGGCACGUUUCGGCGACUUUGUCAUGUCGGCAACUGUUCAGGUGUUCGAGACGACCGGUGCGCAGGAGUUCAUGAUCAAGACGGCGAUAGUUGGCAUCUUCACGGCUUUAGUCAACGCGAUGGGCAGCGACUCGCAGCGCUAUCACUCCAUGAUGGUCCCGCUGAUCAGGGAAACGGCACAGCCUUCGUCCGAAUUGCACCUUACCCUCAUCGAAGAGGUCCUGGAACUCUGGAACUCGGUCCUCAUGCAGAGCCGGCCGCCCGUCUCGGCCGAGAUCAUCGAGAUCGCCCCACUCGUCCUCCCCGUACUCGAAUAUUCGCCGGAAAUAGCUGGCCCGGCAAUCGAGACGGUCGAAGGCUACAUUCUCAUGGCACCCCAAUCGGUUCUCGGAGACCAUCUCAGGCGCCCAUUCCUCGCUGCUCUCUCGGGUGCCAUGGAGGCGAAGAGCAGAGAGCAGGCCAAAACGGCCACACGGUGCAUCGAAUACAUCAUCCGUGCCGCCGAACAGCUUGGCGGGACCGACGGGGUUUCCGUUGUCGUCCAGGACAUGCUCGAAACCGGCUUUUUUAACAAGAUCCUGGAGCGACUACACGACGCAUGGGAGGCCCGUCAGACGACCGGUCCCAACAGGAAAGUCCCCCAAAUCAACGUGGUCACCGAGGGCGACUAUUUCGCCAUCCUGGCGCGCCUCGCGCUGGCCGACCCCACGCUCUUCGUCAACGUGCUCGCGUCGUUUGGGUCCCUGGACCAGCAGGUCUGGCCGUGGCUGGCGGGCGAGUGGUUCGCGUACAUGGAGUCCUGGGACCUCGCGGAACACAGGAAACUGACGCUCCUCGGGCUCACGCGGCUGGCCGAGCUGCCGCAUCCGGUGCAGGACCUUGUGCUCGGCAAACUGCAGGACUACCUCGCGCUCUGGGCGGACACGGUGGCGGAACUCCAGGGGGGUGUGGUGGAUGGCGAGGACUGCCUGAUUUGGGAGGCUUUGGGACCUUCCGAGUACGACACGCCUCGUAGCCUGCGCGAGCGGGAGCUGGCUGAGAACGACCCGGUUCACCGCAUUGUUGCGAAACGUUUCGUGCGGGAGAGGUUGCAGGAUCUCGUGCAGCGGGCGGGAGGAGAGCAGAAGUUCCAGGAGGACUGGCUGGUCAAUGUCGACAAGGAUGUUGUGCAGAGGUUUUCCCGAUACGUUGGGGUUUCGUGAGCAGCGGGGGGGGGGGCCACUCUACUCCCCCAGAUGGACAGACACGACGUGAUGAAGCUAGCGAGCCAUACAUACCCCCAUUCUUACAGAUAGCUCUUUAAUACAGAGGCACGAAAUGUCCAAGUAGCUGGGUGUCAGCGUUGCGGGAGGGGGCGGCGCGCAGCACUCCAUUUCCUCCUUGUGGUUAAGGGGAGUGGAAACAUGCACAGUCAUUCAUUCCAACUUUCCGGGGAUAUAUAUUAGAUAUCUACAUGGAAUAACAUGGGCCCGACCCCCCUCAGAGCCUGCUCUUGCCAUCAUCCUGCGGGACGCGGACAACGACCUUCCCCCAGGUAGCCCUACUGCCAAGGGCGACGAGCGCAUCAGGGACGGACUCCAGCCCAGCAAAGGAGCGGUCCGUGAACUCGGUCCCGCGCAGCUUUCCCUCCUUCACCAGCUUCAUGAUGCCCUCCCAGACGGCGACGACGG